GACACCGCUCGCCGCGGCGGGAAUCCCUCUGAGUGCGACGGGACCCGCCCGGGGUCAGCGGAGCCCGUGGCCGCAUUCUUGGAAAUCAGCGUGGCGUGCCACGCGUUUUCUUCCUGACCCGAAACAGUAUCAGUGUUCUCUCACUCGCUUCCGAGCUGUUCCUCUCUCUGCUGGAAUGAAAACUGCAGGAAGCCUGCCAAGUCCUGAAUAUCAAGGGUUGUGAGACAUCCUCAGAGAACACUGCACGAUGUCAACUGCAGGAGUUGCUGCUCAGGAGAUGAGAGUCCCCUUAAAAACCGGAUUUCUUCACACCAGUCAAGGCAUGGGCAGUCUGAAAACCUGCUGGGGUACUCACAGUGGAUUUGAAAAUACUUUCUUUAAUGUGGACCCUAUAUCAGUGACAUAUAAUUUAAACCCAUCAAGCGAGCAACAUUUGCCAUCCAUUGGGCACUCUUCCAACCAGGCUUCCAUGAAUGACCACAUUGCUGGAAGUUGCAUCCAAGUCCCUUCUCAGAAAUCUAGUCCACCUCCUGUAAGUCCCAAAAAUGAACAGCCAAUUUCAAGGUAUGACGACCAUCUCGUUUCUGGCUUUAGUAAACUGUCAUUAACCAUGGGCUGUGUUUCUGAAGAAACACCUCCUCACAUGCCAAUUAAAAAUGGACCAAUUCAACUUCUGUCUGCAUCUUCUAAUGAUCGCAGCUGCAGGCCACUACCCCCUCUGCCUAUAUCUGAAGACUUUUCUCCAGAUGAGGUUGACAGAGAGGUAGAAUUCCUGACUAGCUCAGAUACUGACUUUUUGUUAGAGGAUUAUGAACUUCCUUCUUUUAAAUCCAGUGCUCCAAGCCGUCGGAGCUUUAGGGGCUGUGGACAAAUCAACUAUGCGUAUUUCGAUACUCCAACAGGACCAAAAGCAGAAGAUGCCAACCCUACACCAAGCCUGAAUGUGUACAUAUCCAGUAUUUAUCCUCCCCCACAGCAGCUGCACCGACGCCUGCGAAGGUCCCACUCUGGGCCAGCUGGAUCUCUCAAUAAACCCAUAGUAAGACUAACUGGACACUUAAACAGGUCAUCUCCAACUUCUGACGAAGAUAAACCAGAGAUUCCCCCAAGGGUGCCCAUACCCCCAAGGGCUCUCAAACCAGACUACAGAAGGUGGUCAGCAGAAGUGGCUUCCAGUGCUUACAGUGAUGAAGACCGGCCUCCCAAAGUGCCCCCCCGAGAACCUUUGUCACGGAGCAAUUCCCGCACCCCCAGUCCCAAAAGCCUUCCAUCAUACCUCAAUGGGGUUAUGCCCCCCACCCAGAGCUUUGCACCUGAUCCUAAGUAUGUCAGCAGCAAAGCUCUACAAAGACAAAAUAGUGAAGGAUCUUCCAACAGGGUCCCCUGCAUUCUUCCAAUUAUUGAAAAUGGUAAGAAGGCCAGUUCAACGCACUACUAUCUGCUACCAGAGAGACCUCCGUAUUUGGACAAGUAUGAGAAAUUCUUCAGAGAAGCAGAGGAGAGGAGUUCUAACACUGAGGUUCAGUCCUGGUCUGGUGACUGCACAGCCACCUCAGCCCCAAUAAAACUGGACUCAAAACCCAGAAUGGACAUAGGUGGUCCCCUGAAACGAAAGCAUCUAUCCUACGUGGUUUCCCCUUAGUGUCUGGGAGCACAGUCUCAGCUCAGUUGGUUGGGAUGGUGCUGAACUUUAUCAUGUUACAAAGUUCUUAUGGUUCACAGAUAAUGAAGUAGGAGCAGUUUGUCCUCUGAGAACUGAAAAGUGGAUGGUAAAGUCAUCUUAUGCUGCAUAUAUUCGAUAUGUUUCUUAAGACUUUUUUUGUCUUGGUAUGUAAGCUGAAAAUCUACAAAGAUUCCACAGAAACACAGAGGGAUAGUAGUCACAGUUGGCCAGUUGUAUGCUACCUAGAUGAACAUGUUUGGUAGGCAACAUUUAAAAAAAAAAAUCCUUUUAUAUCGAUCUUUGCUUAAGAGUCACUUAUAAACCAGACAACAGACCAAGUAAUGCAGUACAGUUUUUGUAUCAGCUGUUUUCCAGAAUUUCUUUUACAUGGUAAUUCUACUGAGAACAGACUGUCCUGUUUUACUAGGAUAUGUCUGAUAAGAAGGUAAAUGUGAGAUCUGAUACCCACUUCAAGACUUGGCAGGCAUAUUGGAAGUGCAUUUUGAAAGAUUAAUCUGUCUUACAAAUUAAUUUGAUGCUAAUAGACUUUUAAAGUGAGUUAGGUUUUGUGACUUCAGUUGCUAGACACACUUGGCUCAAUUUUGCAGUUUUUCCUAGAAGAGACUUGGACCAGCUAUUGCUAAGCCUCUGCUGCUGCUCUUUUCCUGCUGGAUCCUAGAAAUGUGUGAAUGUGUCCUAGCAGCCACAGGGUUGCUAUUAGGUAGGCAGUAACAACUGUGUGCUCACCUAGAGUCUGAAAUUAUGUCUGUAUUAAAUA